AUGGGUUCGAAGCGUCUGCAACGCAAUGAUCCAGCCUUGUGCGAAGCUGUCCUGCAAAAGGUUGAGCUGGAAGCCAGCCAAUUCAUCCCGAUAUACAAGGAGAUACAUCAGCAUCCAGAGCUACCCUCGUUCGAAGUAGCCACGGCUUCUACCAUAGCGAAUCACCUUGAACGACUCUCCUUCCAGAUUCAUUCCUCUAUCGGAGGCCAUGGCUUGGUCGGGGUACUGCUCAACGGAGAGGGGCCGAGCGUACUACUUCGUGCAGAACUCGAUGCGCUGCCGGUCGAAGAGCGGACGGGGCUGGACUACGCCAGCACGAAGCGCAUGCUGGACGAGAACGGGGAAGAACAGCCAGUAAUGCAUGCCUGUGGCCAUGAUCUGCACAUGGCGGCUGUUCUUGGUGCGGCUGCAAGCCUCGUUGCCAUCAAGCAGUUUUGGUCUGGUCGCCUCAUUGUCUUGUUCCAGCCAAAUGAGGAGUACGUGGCAGGAGCGAAACUGAUGGUCGAGGACGGACUGUGGACGCGAAUCUCGCCCCCGGAUCUCAUGUUGGCUCAACAUGCCGGUAAGCUCAAAAGCGGAUUUGUGGGAAUUAGCGGUGGCGCCGUGUUGCCUGCGUCUCACAACAUUCAUCUUCGACUGAGUAGCUCUGGCCCUGCGCAGAACCCGCAGAUCUGUGGUGAUCUGGUAUCCAAAGCUUGUGCCUUGACUUUGCAGCUGCGAGAAAAGGUGAAAUCGGCAAAAGGUGCGAAUCAGUAUGCCACUUUGAUUUGUCGACGAUUCCAUUCUGAAUCAAUGUUCGUGCAUCCACCCAAUAGCGUGGAUAUGGCCUUUGAGUUGAGGACUGCGAACAACGCUGUCGCAGUUGAACUUCUUGACUUAAUCAAGCGGGUCGUCGUGGAGGAGUGCGAAUCAACAACCAGUCCCAAACUCACUGUGACAAGUAGAGUCGAAAUUCGAGCGCCGAUGACGGAAAACAAAGCAGAGUUUGCCGAUCCGCUCGCCAUGACUUUCAAAUAUCAUUUUAGAGAACGAUUCUACAGCCCUGCCAUGGAUCCCGCCGUUGAGGACUUUGCUCUCCUCGGACCGGAUAUUCCUUAUCUCUAUUGGCGGUUCGGGGCCACAGAUCAAGCCCGUUGGGACGAAGCGGAGAGUCUGGGAGAGGUAGACGAGAAGAUCCCGGGGCCUCACUCACCCUUCUUUGCGCCCGAGAUCGAGAUCUCCUUGAAGAGCGGGAUCGAAGCGAUGGUUCUAGGGUUCUUGACCUUUACCUCAAUUAGAGACGAUGUACGUUUAAUUUCGCAUAAUGACAGAUGA